AUGCAACGGUGGCCUGCGCUCACCAGUGCCAUCACGGCAGCUGGACGGCAACUGCGCUGGCAGGAUGCUGUCGCCAUCAUUGCACGGAUCCGCGAGCCAAACAGGAUUCUCUACAAUGCAGCGAUUGCAGCCUGCGGCCGCUCCUUUGCUUGGCCCGCGUCCUUGGCACUUCUCUCCGAGUUGAGGCAGCUGCAGCAGCCGGACGUGAAGAGCUUUGGUGCAGCAGCACUAGCCUUGCAGAGGCAGCCUGGUCUUCAAGCCCAGCUUUUGCAGCUCAUGGCCGAGGAGCGCAUUUCUCCCGACAUGACGGUCUGCAGCACGGUAGCAACAUCCUGGGAGCGGGCUUCAUCUUGGGAGGCCGCCUUGGAUCUCCUCACUUCCAUUGAGCUCAGAGAUCUGGACACCGUGGCAGCAGGAACACUUGCCAGUGCGCUUGCAAAAGGCGCUGCCUGGUCGCAGGCGCUUGUGCUAGUGGAUGCGACCAACGCGAAUGUAUUGGUGAUGGGGGCAGUAGUCAGUGCUUGCGAGCGAGCUCAUCGUUGGACGGCUGCCCUGGAGCUCAUGGAGCGGAUGUUUCAGCAGGGGCCUUGGCCGGACACUGUCGUGUUGGACUCCGUGCUGCGUGCUUGUGGCCGAGGUCUCGCUUGGGAAGCAGUGCUGAGUCUUUUUGCCAGCAUGCCCAGCCAAUUCCUUUGUCCCGGUGCCACAGGCUUUAGUGCAGUGUCUCUGGCUCUGGGCUGUGGGCGGCAAUGGAUAAAAAUGCUGGACAUGCUCGAGGUUAUGUCGCAACAACGGAUGACUGCCGACGUCCCUUCUCUCUCAAUGGGUCUCGAGGAAGCCGAGCAGCGUAGCUUGCAGGUUGUGGAGACAAAGCUUCUUAGAAGCCUGGCCUACUCGGUGCCAGGCAACUGCAUGUCGGAAGUGGCAGCUUCUGCCGGAUGCGCUUUGCUGCGCCGGCAUUUCGCAUCCGUCAAUCCGAGGCAUUUCUUCGGAUGCUCCGAGGAGGAAUUGGCGGCCAGGGACGCAGCGAUGGCCUCCGGUCGAGCUUCCUAUGAGCGGGCCAGGGAGAAGGAAAUGUCGCUGGGACCUCCACUAGGCCGGAAAGUGUAUGUGUCGAAUUUGAGAAGCAAAGAUGGAAGAACGCGGGUCCCAAAGUUGACAAUAACAGACUCCACCGGGCAAAAGUUCAUGACCUUGACCAAGCGCGACUUUGAGCAGUUAAUGAGCUGGAAGCCAGAAAUCCAGCAGGACCUGCUAUUCGUGGGCGGUGACAUCGGCACGUUGCAGGCCUUCCGAGGUUCAGACUUGGCCAUCGCUCUGGGUGGUAACGUCGGUAGCCGUGUUACAUCAGUGACGUACGAUCACGCCAACGGAGAGGUCGUGGCUGGUGGGCUAAAUGGGCGAGUGGUCUUCAUGCAGGUUUCAACAUUACAGUCCGUAGCUAAUGUCGACGAAAAUCCGGGCGGAAGCCAAGUCAACUCUGUGGCAUUUGUGGCCUAUUCAGAUGAUGUUUCGAGCUACAAUGAAGUUGCAAGCUGUAGCUAUUUCAAUUCUAACAUCCGCUUGUGGAGCAUGAGUGCAAAAGCGGUCACACGGGAGCUAUUGGGCCACAGCAACGUGGUGUUGGCUCUCAAGCCGCUGGAUGGCCUGCAAAUGCUGAGCAGUGGGUCGAUUGAUGGUUUCUUGGGGCUUUGGUCACUGCCCCUGGCGAGACUGCAAGCAGACGGCAGGAUAUGUUCAGGAAGUACUUUCGUGCCGUUGCCGACUUCGUACCUGUUGGAAGAUUGCAUUUCGGCGGCAUUGCAACAAGCUUCCCCGAAAGGAGGAGACUUUUUCGUGUAUGGGCAAGUUGGAGGCACAUCUGCCAAUGAAUGCCAACUUUUGCAAAACGUGGGUGCAUGCGACACGCUUCUUGUGGCACCGUACACGAUGUACCGGUUUGAGCUGCCUCUGAAGCAUUUGUUCAAGGCCCAUGAUGGCGCCAUUCGUGCAAUUGAAUCGCUUCCCGACCAGGGAGGUUUAGUGGCAAGUGCCGGAGAUGACGGGGCUAUCCAUGCAUGGAGCCCGGACACGGGCUUGAAGGUGCGCGACUUUGGGUCUGGGUCUGGCCAGUCAGCGCUGAAUCAUGGCAUCAAUUCUAUAGCAUAUUCGAACACACUCGAUGCGCUUGUUGCAGCCACCUUGCACCAACUGGCAUUCUUCGACGCCUCCACCGGGCAAUUGCUGACUGUCAUCAGCCGAUCAACAACUUCUCCGGCACUUUCGCUAAGCAUGGACACCUGGGGCCUUGUGCUGUCAAGCCGUGGCACAGAGAUUGAGGUUUGGUCUGUGGAAGUGGUAGCCAGAGCACUGGAACGACAUGUGAACUUUGCGGUGCCGGCCAAGCAGGACCAGCCUGGGCAAGUGAAUUGCAAGCAGUGCCCUCGAGGCUCCGCCCAGCCAAACAGCGGGCAGACGAACUGCAUCGCCUGCGAGGAUAACUCAGCAGCUCCAUCUGUGGGCUCCGAGUUGUGCCAAGAGUGCCCGGAUGGAACCGAGCCCAGUACAGACCAUUCGGACUGCUUGACCUGCUCGCAAGGCACAGCUGGUCAGAAUGGUGUAUGCAAUCAGUGCCAGGAUGGGGAGCAAAAUUCACCGGACUUCACCUUAUGUGCUCCAUGUCCAACAGGCAUGUUUGGCACCAAUGGCUUCUGCUCACCAUGCCCUGAUGGUGCCCAACCAGACUCAACAAGAUCGGCUUGCGUUCCAUGUUCCGGUGGAUUUGCUGGAACUGCUGGCGUCUGCAACCGUUGCCCUCCCGGGGAAGAGCCAGAUGCUGCCGCCGCGAUUUGCAUAGCUUGUUCGACAGGAAGGGCCGGGUCAAAUGGCAGCUGUGCCAAUUGUCCUCUCGGCAUGGUAGCAAGCGUGAAUCGUUCCGUCUGCGAAUUUUGUUCCGAUGGACAAGCAGCCGUGAACGGUGUCUGCCAAGUGUGUCCAGAUGGUAGCCUUGUGGCAGAGAACCGGUCCGCGUGCCUGGAUUGUCCGGAUGGCUAUGCAGGGACUGGUGGUUUGUGCGAUCUCUGCCCAGAGGAGCUGCCCAGUUGGCACGGCUGGGACUGGUGGCAGUUGCAGCGCGUGCGGGUAUCCUUUGAUGCAGGACGUAAAUGGGACUUCAUGCACGGAGCAGUCGGCGCGAGCGCCUCUUCUGUAUGGAGCUUCGCGCUGCAGCGAGCACAGCUGCAGGUCAGUGCACUGGCGACGCUGUCUGCCGCAGGAAAGCCUCGGCCUCUCUUGGCCAUUGCUUUGCUGGUGUCUCCUUCGAUGGACCCGACCAUCAAGCGGCCUCGGGGUAAGGACUGGCGUGAGAACGUGGACAUGUCGUUCGUCGGGGCUGCCGUGGCGCUGAUUUGUGUUUGUUUGCACUCGAUGGGUCUGCCGUGGAUUCUUGGAGCUGGAGUGGUAAUCAUUGCUCCAUCCGCUGCGCUGAGCAUCCUUCUAUUUGCAGGUAUGCAUCGUUCGGCCUGCCGUGCAGUAAACGGGAUCGAACCGAUGUCUCGGAGCCGGGCGAAGAAAGCCCGUGCUCUCCUCUAUGCAGUCGGGGCAACAGUGAUGUCCGUUGUGAAGCUUCUAGGCGACUGGAUCGUCGUCCAUUUCUUGCUGGUGGACUUUGCGUCCGUGGUGCAAGCUGUGACGAGCUCCCGGUUCAUCUUGAAGGACGCCUUGUUUAGGCCGAUGCCCUACGAGUACGUCGUGGCCAUGCUCCCGGUGCCUGAUCUUAUCAGGUACCCAGUGAUGCUGGCCGUGCGGCUCCUCUGGUCACUGCAGGUCGCGAUAUCAAACCUGCCAAUGCAAGUCGCACUUCACUCAACAAGUGAAGCCGGAAUCAUGGCAGCUGCGGCAAUGACAUAUGCAACGACCACUUUCAGCUAUGUUGUUCUCGCAUCAGACUUACCUGCGCGCCUGGUUGCCGCCAAGCAGUGUGUGGUUGUUGGUGAUUUGGGCCUGGUAGCUCAGGCUGCACGGCUCCUCGCAGUAGGUGGCCUGGAAGUCCUGCUCGAUGUGGUGCUGCGCGCUGCUGGUGGCUGGCCGGCAAGGUUGCUGCCCUUCGUCGCCACGAUCCUGUUGGUGCCACCAGACGGUGUUGCUGCUUCGACUCCAGGCUUAUCUCUCGCUCUUGCACUCUUCUGCACGGUGAUAGCUCAAAUAUAUUCCUUGUGCAUCUGGGUGUGGCUGAUUGGCAGCUCGAGGCAGACGACUCAUAUGGGAAAUCCGCCGCGAUUUCUGUCGAGCGUGCUUGCAUGCGUCUCUCGCGAUCGCCUGCUUCAUUUUGAGGAGGAGCGGGUCGAAGAGCAUCUCAGCCCUGCAGUGUACCUGAUCUGUGCCGUGCUCCGGGCGCUUGGGCUGUGGGAAAAAGAAGAAGACGAGAUCUGCUCGCAGCCCGCGCAGUCCCAGCAGUCCCGGAGCCAAGCCGGAGUCCUCUUCCCGCUCGAGACUGACCACGGCAAGAUUGCAGCAGACACCGGCUCGCUUUGCGUCUGGCAGGAACCAAAGUCCAAGAAGCCCUGGAAGAGGUUUCAGUCCAAGAAGUCCUGGCAGAGGGUUGUGAGCUUGACCACCUUGAUUCCUUUCACGCUUCUCACGGGAGGCGAGCCAGCCGGCGAACUUCUGUCGCCCGAGUUGGUGCUAGGCGUGUUUGUUCGCCCUGUGUGCGACUUGUGCAAGGAUGUUGGCCGAUUCUCGGCUGCAGAAACACGCGACGUGAUGCAUGGACUGACGCGCAGAGGCCUUCUCGUGGACAAGCUGCGCGAGCUUGGGAAGACGGGUGCCCUCAUCGACAUGUGGGAGGACAUUGCCGAACUCGGAGGAAAGCAAGUGGACGUCAUACAGCUGGCCGUCUUGCCGCGGCCCCUCUACAACGCAGUACCCAAGCCCAAGGUGCAUCUGUGGCUCCGCCAACCGUGGCUACGGCUCUAUGAGUCGUCGAAGGCUAGUUAUGCUUUGCGUGUUUUCUGCAAGGUUUGUGCCUUUACAGUCCUCGGCCUCUGGAAGGAGGCAUGGGAGCAAACCUUUCUCCUUUGCGAGUUCGGUGGCGUUGCCGCGAGCUCGUCAAACAGGCUGGUCGAGGUUAUUUGGAUCAGGCUUUGGCUGCCUGGCUGUUCUGUCCUGUCACUUCCGGCGAGGUACUGUAACUGGCCUCCUCUUCGCAACAUGGACAGUAGUUUGGCGCUGGGCUUGGGGACUCACCGCGACAUCACGAAGCACAGGAUCCAGGAUUACGUGAACAACGGCCUCAGCUACAAGGAAGCAGAAGUGGCUUUGCGCAAGUACCUGACAGCUGGAGAGAAGAACUUGAAGUUCCGUGUGCGAUUCCUUGCCCGCGCCCGAAGACUUCAGAAGAUGCUCAGUGCUUUGGAUGACCUGCUAAGCGUGGUCAUGACAUUUUGCAUGCUCGCCUUGGUCAGUCCCGUCACGAUGGGAGAUGGAGUGACCUGGGCUGCGCCACUUUUCUUUCUGCUUCUCUUCACUCUUGCGGCGGUCCAUGCGGCAUUGGAUCGGCUUCUGAUUCCGUGGCUGUCGCCAGUGAAGAUAACCAUGCUGUCGGUUUUGAGAGAAACGCCCGAUGAGAUUUCUGUGAUGGAAAGCGUUCUCGAAGCAUACAGGAGUUUUCCUCAGGAAGAAGUGGAGAGCUCCGAGGAUGGCGAGGAAUCCUCUGACUACUCCUCCGCAAAUGAGUCUUUCUUGGACGAAGAUCCAUCGUCCCAGAAUCUGCCGGAAGUGCUCGGUUCCAAAAAGGUGAAGAUCUUGGUGAGACCGAAAGCCCUGCGACUUCGCAUGCGCUACGAACUCAUGCGCUCUCUGCCUGCCAGUGGCGAUCACCUGCUGCGGUAUCAGCGUGAAGAGCCGCUGAAAUACGGUCGCCUGCUGCGCAUUCCAGGGAAGACCUUCGUCAGCCGAAGAGCGCGCGAGUCGCGAACUGUCAGCUUCUCACCAACCCUGGAGAGCGACUGGAGCCACAAGGAGUCGCUCUUCCGGCUGCGAAGGAGCCACUCGCUGGGGACCGGCGUGGCCUUUGAGAACAAGCCGGAGGAAAGAGAGCCCAGAGACCACUGGGACCUCCACUCCGACAUCUUCGAUGAACACUCGCGCUCUGGCAUCCCAUGGAUGCCCAAAGUAUCCGAGCGAAUGCCCGAAAGGGGGCUGGUGGACCAAUUUGAGAUGGUGGGAACAUUUAAACCUCACGUUCAAUCUCGGUCGAUCAAGGAGGUCGCGCUGAACGGGCUUAUAGCUGACACACGACUAGGCGAUAGACUCUGGAAGACGCUGGCAGCUGUGGCCGGCGCGGAGACCGUGUCUCAAGACACAUGGCAGCAGCCAGUUGAUGAAGCUCUGGAGGCGACAUCUCCAAGCACUCUUGCAGUGAUGCCUGGCCGAAAUUUGAGAUCCGCACCAGCCAAGCUCGGGGGGACUUGCCCAAAGAUCAUGGCAAGCCUCUCCGGACAACAUGCCUGGAACGAGCUUAUGGAUCUGGUUGAGCGGAGAUGGGGUGGACCACAGGCCUUUAUGGAAAAGAAUGCCGAGCUUUUCAGGAGCCCAAAGGCCGGUGAUAGACGCGACGCGGCGUUCGAUGCCCUGGUCGAGCAGACUGGCGGCAGGAUUCCUGUCUCUCAGCUGCUGAAUGUUGUCGCCGACGCCGGUGGGGUGCGAUGCCUCAAGCCGUCGGCCGCUGCUGUCGUGUUUCUGUGUCGAUGGCAGUGCCAGCAGCACGUAUGGCUCUGA